CUAGUUUCUAUUGGCAACAAAGUAUCCGUCAAUACAUCCAACAUGGCGGACGGGGAUUCUUGGGAUGCGGACCGUUUUGAACCUGAUGCACCAGCUAAAAACCCGGCUGGCCAUGACAAAUGGGAAGGGGAAGAUGAAGAGGAUGAUGUUAAGGAUAACUGGGAUGACGAGGAAGAGGACGCAGAAGACGAGGAGGAAAAGUCUGGCGAGAAAGCAGCUGAGGUGAAACCAGCUGAGAAGAAGAAAUUGAGUGACAAAAUCAAGGAGAGGGAGAGUCUGCAGAGAAGGAGGCAGGAGGAGCUUCGGAAGAGGAUGGAGGAGGGGAACGAGUCCACAGACGUCACCCCAGACGAGGAGCCGAUGAGGGUGUUACCCCUGCAGACACGUAUGGAGGAAGCCCACACGGAGCUGGCCGAUGACUCCAUUACCGUGGUCAGUAACCAUGUGGCGGGUAUCGAUGACAUGAGCCCCUCGUCUCAAGACGACUUCACAGAGUUCGAGAAGCUGCUGAAAGAAAAGAUCACGCCGUAUGAGAAGUCUGUCCACUACUGUCCCUUCCUGGAGUCGCUCUUCAGGAACGUCUGCCUCUCUUUGGAGGUUGAGGACCUGAAGAAGGUCAACAACUCCUUAACUGCGCUACUGAAUGAGAAACAGAAACAAGAUAAGAGCAAGGCCAAGAAGAAGAAAAAGGGGGUGGUUCCAGCAGGGGGCAUGAAGGCCAAGAUGAAAGAUGACCUAGACGCUUACGGCGAGUUUGACGGCGGAUACGCACAGGACUAUGAGGACUUCAUGUGACCUCGGACUCCUUGGCCGCUCCCUCACUCCCUCCCUCUCCGUCCCGUCCCGUCCCGCUGCUCUCCGUGAUCCUUCACAGUAAAUUCAGCAGUGUUAAAAUCAACACUCUAUCGGAAACAUGUGCUCUACAAUGGUGUGAAAUUCAACUUUUAAAUGUUGAAUUAACACUCUGAAAUUAGUCAGUGUGUUACACAGUAUUAAAUCAACACUGUUUAAUUUACUGUGUUGAGCUCUACCCCUCUAUGUGACACUGGGCCUGUUUCCCCCUCCAUGCCACCGGGGACAGUGCAGUCUCCCGGCCCUCUGCCUCCUGGCUGCUUCAGAACGCGCGGGUGACGCAGGGCAGUUUUGGUCACCACGACGAUCGAGGAGUGUUGUCAGGAAGCUGCUACCCCACAUCACCCUGGCCACUCUAGCAAGCACUUGGAUGUGUAUGAUACUUCACACUAUCCUGAAGGACACACUGAUAUAAUAUUCACAAAGAUAAGGGGACCUUGGGGUUCACAUAGGAGGGGGGCCCUGGAUUUGUAUUGCUUGCAUCAUACUGAAGUGAACUCAUAGAUUCAAGUUGGUCAUGUAAAAGCUUCACAAAACUGCGUCAUACAUUUGGUAGCAGCCAGGGUCAAGUCUGUCAUUGCUGGCUUUUGAGAGGGUCAGCCUAUCGUAGCUGUAUUUGGAGGACGAGCCAAUGAUUGCUACCUUUUCAGAUGUUCUUUGGUUUCUGUCCAUUCAGGCUGGCCUGAAUGGGACCUAAGUCAGAUGACUGGGCCCUAAAAAGAUCUACUGCAUUUUUCAGAUUAUAAGUCGUACUUUGUUCAUGAUUUGGCUGGUCCUGCCACUUAUACAGAGGUUACAUUAAUAUUUGUUGUUUUGACAUUGGCAGUUUAUGAUGGGCCUUUUUAGGCUUGUGUACCGGUAAUUAUCUGUACAUACAUACACUACCUUUCAUAAGUGUUAAAAAGUCCAAACAAGGCAAACAAGUUCACAUAUUACUGCCUGAACAACGUGCCACUUCCGGUGCAUCUUUAGUUUUUUUGGGUUUUUUUUCAAUAAUACAUUUUUUGUCUGGUGCGACACUCAGGUGCGACUUAUAGUCAGAAAAAUCUGGAAUAUAAUUAUUGCCCCCACCACCCGAAAAAAAAAAAAAUACUGACCACUGCUGGGCCACAACAAGAAGCAUUUAUGUUUAUUCCCGCCUUAUAUAUGGCCCUGUGUCGAUUCAGUGGUUGGGUGCUUCUCAAAGUGAAGCGUCCUAGCAGAGAAUCGUAUAUGAGAGGGAGAUAAAGCAGGCGGGUUCUUUUCCGGUCCACUUUAUGUCGGGUGAACGCCCCUGUAGGAGACCUUCGAUUAGGAGACCUUCGGAGUCUUGAGAUUGAGAAUAAAUGGAGUCCCCUUAGCGCUGUAGAUGGUGGUAGCGCACGUCUUGUGCAAACACCAUGAAAAGAGAAGAAGAAGGAGGGACGCCGCCCCCUUAGGAGACCGAAUUUUGAGCACACACUUUUGCAUUGAGUGGGCAUGUUUCGAUUCCUCUGUAUUAUUUAUCCAACCUCUAUGGUCCUAGCCUUGCUAGGACGAUUAACGCAAAUUUUUCCAUGGUGUAUCCAAUUAUUAAUACACUCAGAACUAGUUAUUGGAUAGUGUUUGGUGAAAUCCACGAAAAGUUGGGGUUUCUCGUCCUAGCAAGCCUAGAACACUUCACUUUGAGAAAUGCCCAGUGUCUGUAUUUCCCAAGGGCAGACAUUCUGGUUAAAGAAAGAAAAACCCUGCACAUAUUUGCUCCAGCCAAUUUACUGAACCAGCUGAUCCUAAUUACCGGUGCAAUACUGCUUCAGACAGGUUGAUGAGCUAAUUAGUGACAUCACCUGUUUCAGGUGCUGUUUCCACGUAGCUGGAUAUUUUUAUAUGUGGAUAUUUUUUUCUCCUGGUUGCAUUGGUUUUGCAUUGGUUUUGGCCUUCCGUUUCCACGUAGCAGAUAUUUAAAAUCCAGGUAUAAAAAGCAGGAGAAAAAAAUCCUGUUUAGGGGGCUGAAACACAUUUGUUACAAUGGAGGAUUUAUUUUUAUCUUCAUGUUGCGUUUACACCUCAACAGGAGAAAAAAAUAUCCUGCCUCGUGGAAACAGCCCUUAGCAGCACAAACAGAAGGAUCUGGCAGGACUUACUUUCUCAAUCCAGUUUGUCCACCCUUGGUAUUUCGAUUUACUGAUGUUACUGCGCCAUAGUGUUGAAACUUACGUUUUUGCUUAACAUCUGAUAAGGAUAUCAAAUCUGUAAUGUGCUUUGUCCUCAAACCUCUGUCGAGGGGGUGAGUUUAACUCAUACUCAAACUCAUUAACUCAUACUAUACAUGGGUUUCCCGUUUGUAAACAAUCCCUGGCUGCAUAACCCUGACUGUGCACUGUUCAACCUCUGAUUUUUGGAAACUGCUGCCACUCAAAAAAUGCGCUCAUGUGGUUGGCUGCUUAGCAUCUUGCCCGUCCUCACAUCACGAAUAUUUGUUAACGGAGAAAUCUAUCCAUACAUAGGUUUCCUGUUUGCAAAAAAUCCUUUCUGUGUGCACAGCUAGUGGUACCUCUGCAACCUCUGAUUGUUUAGAAACUGCUGUCUAUCCAAAAAUGCGCUCACAUGGUUGGCUGUUUAGCAUCUUGCCCCGCCUCACAGCGCGAAUGUUUGUAAAUGGGAAACCCAUCUAUUUUAUGUUUAUGUUUAUGUUUAUGUUUUUUUUGUAAACACUGCGAAUACAAAGGGUAUUUGGACAUUUAAAAAAGUAUUUUGGCAAUUUUGCAUCCAAAACUUUGAACAGGAUUGUUUUCUUCAUCUCAUGUAUUAAUAAAUAAUAUUCUCUG